UUUUUUUUUUUUUUUUUUUCUCGAAAGGUGAUUACUUUAAGGUUUGGAUUAUAAUCUAUGCGGAGUAGGAUCUGUUUUAAUUUUGUAUAAGUUAUCACCAAAGUGGUUUUAAUUUUGGUAGCUGCUAGAGGGAUUUCUCAUUUAGAGUGUGUAUAUUUAUACAUCUGAUCAAAGAUAUGAGUCGUAGGGUGCGGCAGAGAGUGGAGGAAAAAGGAAAGAACAAGCUUGAUUCACCAAGUUAUCGUUAUCCUGUGAUUGGCAACGACGAGGAUGUUGCACCUAAGGUUCAAGAGUAUGCGGAUUGGACUAGUUUGCCUUAUGAUACUGUACUUUAUCUGUUUAAUCGAUUGAAUUAUCGCGAUAGAGCUAGCUUAGCAUCGACUUGUAGGACAUGGAGAAGCCUUGGUGCUUCUUCUUGUCUGUGGAAUUCAUUGGAUCUUCGUGCUCACAAGUUUGAUCUUUCAAUGGCACCUACUCUUGCUACUCGGUGUGCUCAUCUUCAGAAGGUAAGGUUUCGUGGCGUUGACUCUGCUGAUGCCAUCAUUCAUCUCAGAGCAAGGAAUCUGCUUGAAAUUAGCGGCGACUAUUGUAGGAAGAUUACAGAUGCUACAUUGUCUAUGAUUGCGGCACGCCAUGACGCUCUUGAGAGCCUUCAACUUGGACCUGACUUCUGUGAGAAGAUCACCAGUGAUGCUAUAAGAGUUAUAGCCUUUUGUUGUCCUAAACUGAAAAAGCUACGGGUUUCUGGCAUGAGGGAUGUUAGUUCUGAGGCUAUAGAAUCUUUGGCCAAACAUUGCCCACAGCUCAGUGAUCUUGGAUUCUUAGAUUGUCUGAACAUCAACGAAGAAGCAUUGGGAAAAGUUGUGUCUGUUCGCUACCUCUCUGUUGCCGGGACAUCAAACAUAAAGUGGAAAGUUGCAUUAGAUAAUUGGGAGAAGCUACCAAAAUUAACCUGUCUGGAUGUCUCCAGAACCACCAUUGACCAUAUUGCAGUUUCGCGGUUGUUGAAAUCAUCGCAGAGCUUGAAAGUUUUGUGUGCUUUAAACUUCUUUAGAUGGCCAACUGGCUGUGAUGGAGUUCUGGAACGUGCUGCUGGGGCAUUAGCGAACCUAGCAGCAGACGAUAAAUGCAGCACGGAAGUUGCAAGAGCAGGGGGUGUUCAUGCCUUGGUGAUGUUAGCUCGGAAUUGCAAGUAUGAAGGAGCUCAAGAACAGGCGGCUCGUGCUUUGGCUAAUCUGGCUGCUCAUGGUGAUAGCAACAAUAAUAAUGCUGCUGUUGGACAAGAGGCCGGUGCAUUAGAUGCUCUUCUUCAGCUUACGCAAUCGCUACAUGAUGGUGUUAAACAGGAAGCUGCUGGCGCUCUUUGGAAUUUAUCAUUCGAUGACAAGAAUCGAGAAUCCAUUGCUGCAUUUGGUGGUGUUGAAGCCUUGGUGGCACUUGCGAAGUCCUGUUCAAAUGCAUCCACAGGUCUCCAAGAGAGAGCAGCUGGUGCUCUUUGGGGACUAUCUGUCUCAGAAGCAAACAGCAUUGCAAUUGGUCGUGAUGGUGGUAUACCGCCUCUGAUUGCUCUUGCAGGAUCUGAAGCUGAGGAUGUACAUGAAACUGCUGCAGGAGCUCUGUGGAAUCUUGCUUUUAAUCCUGGUAACGCUCUGCGGAUUGUGGAAGAAGGGGGAGUUAAAUCACUUGUUCACCUCUGCUUGACUUCUGUUUCCAAAAUGGCUCGUUUCAUGGCAGCAUUAGCAUUGGCAUACAUGUUUGAUGGAAGGAUGGAUGAAUACGCGAUGAUAGGGACUUCAUCGGAAAGUGCAUCUAAAAGUGUUACCUUAAAUGGUGCUAGAAUGAUGGCUCUUAAACACAUUGGAGCAUUUAUUAAAACUUUCAUGGAGCACCAAAUCUUUACAGGUGGUGCUUUAUCAUUUGCUCCAUCUAUGUUAGCACAGGUCGCAGAGAAAGCUCGAAUCCCAGAAGCUGGUCACUUGAGAUGCAGUGGUUCCGAAAUUGGAAGAUUUGUUACAAUGUUGCGAAACCAUGAUGAUACACUCAAAGCUUGUGCAGCUUUUGCGCUUCUUCAGUUUACAAUACCUGGAGGUCGUCACGCAAUGCAUCACGCAAGCUUGAUGCAGAACGCUGGAGAAGCAAGAGCCUUGCGUUCUGCAGCUGCAGCUGCGAAUGUGCCUCGUGGAGCCAGGAUCUUUGCGAAGAUUGUGCUUCGCAAUCUCGAGCAUCAUCAGGCAGAAUCUUCUAAAGGAAAGAAAGUAUCUUAUAAUAGGAUUUGAUCCUUUUUCUUAGCAAAUCAUAGUGAUAGAAUACCUCUGCAUCUCUCAAACUAUACAAGCCAAGCUUCAGGCUCAUGCUGCAAAGAAUCAGAAUUUGCCUCAGAAGAUGUUUGAUUGGAUUGAAGACAGAAAGCUGUUGUGAUAUAUAUGUGAACUUAUAUGUUUCUUUGUCUCGUUCUGAGAUUUUCUGUAAUAACAGACCUUAGGGAUCAGUGGUGUUCUUCA